GAAUUUCAAGAAUACCAGGAAUAGAUCAAAGCUUCCCGUGGCUCGGGUAGGUGAGAUUUUCGCAGACCAUAACGGAGAACUCGAAUUCAAUGUUACUGAUAACGACUGCAAAGUUGAUUAUCCCUGCGGAGCUCCUCGAGAAGCUUCUUUGGGUUGAUAUACUCCGACCAUGGAGUGUAUGGUGGAAAAAAAGUGCUCCACUCCCUCUGUCCAGUGUAUGAUGUCGACUUCAACUACUAAGACUAUAGUGAAUGAGACAUCGGCCACACACAGCAUCACAGAGGAAGUUGAGGUGAUUUCGUCACGCACCAAAGACUUUGGGUUCCUUCCCAUCCCCACAAAGCUCCGAUACGACCCUCACAGACCUUUUUAUUUUGGUCUUCUCUUGAAUGUCUCAUUUGGCCUUGCGAGCACUCUGCUCGUCGCGAACAUGUACUACUGUCAACCUUUGUUGAUUCAAUUAUCCAUAUCCUUUCACGUCACCUAUGACGAAGUUUCGAGAAUACCGACAUUACUGCAAGCAGGAUAUGGUGUUGGCUUGUUACUUAUAUCUCCCUUAGGCGAUCUAAUUCGCAGGCGGCAGCUGAUUCUGCUUCUUAUCCUGUCCUCAGCCGCCUUAAGCGUUGGACUUGCGCUCACUUCCAGUUUGCCAGUUUUUGAAGCUAUUUCUUUCCUCGUUGGGGUGGCUUCAGUUGCUCCUCAGAUUCUUAUGCCUUUGGCAGCUGACCUUGCACCUCCUGAACGUCGAGCAUCUGCCAUCUCCGUUGUAUUAUCUGGUUUUUUGCUCGGUAUCCUCAUUGCACGAGUGGCAGCAGGAAUUGUUGGUGACUUUGCCAGCUGGAGAAUCGUUUAUUUUGUUUCCAUUGGAGUACAAUCCGUCGUACUUUUCGGAGCAUAUAUCAUGCUGCCCGAUUAUCCUUGCCAAAACCAGGACCUCACAUACUUCAAGAUUUUCCAGUCUAUGGCCAAAUAUGCAGUAACCGAGCCCGUGGUUGUGCAAAUCAUCUUGAUUAACAGCGCUGCUAGUGCAUGCUACACCAGCUUUUGGGUGACGCUCACUUUUCUAUUGGGAGGAUCCCCCUAUGAAUACUCAACACUAAUUAUCGGCCUAUUUGGCUUGAUUGGAAUGCUUGGUGUUAUCAUUAUACCAUUCUCAGGGCGUCU